AGCAGUGAGCGAGGCCGCGCGGUAUUGUCUGCCCCCCUCCCUCCUCUGUUGUCAACGAGCAGCCUGAUUGGCCGAGGCCUGGAAAAGUGUUCGAGGAUUCAGAAUGUACAGGCCGCAGUAGCCAUACCGAGGAAAAAUACAGGAAAACUACGACAGAUUAAAAUACAAGAAACAAGGAUAUUUACUGACGCUUUACGAGGAGUGUAAUAACAGUUCACAGCUCUCUGAUGAAACAGCUGAACCGAACCUUCACGUUGCACUUACUCAGCCCACACAGGAAUCAGAUGUGAAGCUCAGCGGAACCAUAGCCAAUGGACAAGGGUGGAGGCCUUCUUGAGCUUCACUCCCAGGAUCUGAAGAUGCCCCACGCUAUGAUCAUGCAGGACUUCGUGGCAGGGAUGGGGGGCAUGGCCCACAUCGACGGCGACCACAUCGUGGUGUCGGUGCCAGAGGCGGUGCUGGUGUCAGACGUGGUGACCGACGAGGGCAUCCUGCUGGAGCAGGCGCUGGAGGCCGAGAUGGUGGAGGCGUCCGACCUGGACGAGGCCGCUGAUGUCAUCAUGGCCCACGAGCCCAUGUUGGGGGCGGAGGUGGCCAUCGAGGAGGCCCUGGAGGAUGAUGAGGAGGAGGAUGAUGAUGAGGAAGAGGAUGCGGCUCUGGAGGAAGGGGAGGAUGAAGAUCAACACCACCACCACCAUGUGCUGAUGGCGUCCGAUCUGAUCGAGGCAGAGGUGGAGGAAGAGGAGGAGGAGGAGGAGGGAGGGGUGGGUGUGGACGAGCAGGUGGGAGUGUUUGUGGGCGGCCCGCUGGAGCACGAGCUGGUGUCCGAGGAGGUGAUGGUUGCCGAGGGUGGAGAGGCGGCGGUCAUCCAGGCACACAAGGGCGUGCCCGCGUCCACGGUAACCAUCAACACGGAGGCGGACGAGGAUGGGAAAACCACAUCAGAGGACUACCUCAUGAUCUCCUUGGAUGACGUCGGCGAGAAGCUGGACAUCGGCGACACGCCCCUGAAGAUCAGCACGGCGGUGACACAGGACGAUGGCGACUCCAAAGAGGAUGGCUACGGCUCCGACGUCAUCAAGGUGUACAUCUUCAAGGCCGAGGCUGACGACGACGUGGAGAUCGGUGGCACAGAGGUGGUGACGGAGAGUGACUUCCAGAACGGCCAUGCAGUGCUGGAGCCGGCGGUGGCGACGCGGUUGCCACGGGAGAAGAUGGUGUACAUGACCGUGAAGGACAGUAGCCAGGGAGACGAGGACAUGAACUGUGCUGAGAUGGCAGACCAGGUGUACAUGGAGGUGAUCGUAGGGGAGGAGGAGGCCUCUGCCAUUCAGGAGGCACAGUUGGACGACUCCCCCGCCAACAAAACCCUGGUGCCUGUGGCCUGGGCGGCCGCUUAUGGUAAUAACCUGGAGGGUCGGCUGGAGAGCAAGCCGGGCGCAGUGACGCCGUACCUGCAGAUCAGCGACAGCGUCAGCACCAACCGCGUGCUCAAGCAGAAGGCCAAGAAGAAGAAGAAGGGCCCAGAAGGGCGGCAGUGCCAGACGGCGGUCAUCAUCGGUCCAGACGGCCAGCCCCUGACCGUCUACCCCUGUCACAUCUGCGGCAAGAAGUUCCGCUCGCGGGGGUUCCUCAAGCGCCACAUGAAGAACCACCCGGACCACAUGCUGAAGAAGAAGUUCCAGUGCACCGACUGUGACUUCACCACCAACAAGAAGGCCAGCUUCCACAACCACCUGGAGGGCCACAAGCUCAGCUCCAGCGCCAAGAACGACCGAGAGCGAGAGCGGGAAACGGAGCGGCCGCCGGAGUACAGCGAGUACACGCGGCGCUACCACGAGGCCACCAGCCCGCUGGGCUCCAACAUGCUCAUCCUGCGCGACAAGGACGAGCCCAAGAUGCACCAGUGCAAGUACUGCGAGUACGAGACGGCCGAGCAGGGCUUGCUCAACCGCCACCUGCUGGCCGUGCACAGCCGCAACUUUGCCCACGUGUGCGUGGAGUGCGCCAAGGGCUUCCGGCACCCGUCCGAGCUGAAGAAGCACAUGCGCACGCACACGGGCGAGAAGCCCUUCCAGUGCGCGCACUGCCCGUUCCGCUGCGCCGACCAGUCCAACCUGAAGACGCACGUCAAGAGCAAGCACGGCUCGGACCUGCCGUACAAGUGCACGCACUGCCCGCAGGCGUUCGCCGACGACAAGGAGCUGCAGCGGCACGCCGAGGCCCUCCAGGGCCACAAGACGCACCAGUGUCCACACUGCGAGCACAAGAGCACCAACUCGAGCGACCUGAAGCGCCACGUCAUCUCGGUGCACACCAAGGACUUCCCGCACAAGUGCGAGGUCUGCGAGAAGGGCUUCCACCGGCCCAGCGAGCUCAAGAAGCACUCGGAGACGCACAAGGGCAACCGCGUGCACCAGUGCCGGCACUGCGACUUCAAGACGUCGGACCCGUUCGCGCUCAGCCGCCACAUCCUGUCGGUGCACACCAAGGAGCUGCCGUUCAAGUGCAAGCGCUGCAAGCGCGGCUUCCGCCAGCAGGGGGAGCUCAAGAAGCACAUGAAGACGCACAGCGGCCGCAAGGUCUACCAGUGCCAGUACUGCGAGUACAACACCACGGACGCUUCGGGCUUCAAGCGCCACGUCAUAUCCAUCCACACCAAGGACUACCCGCAUCGCUGCGACUACUGCACCAAGGGCUUCCGCCGGCCCUCGGAGAAGAGCCAACACAUUAUCAGACACCACAAAGAGACGUUGAUGUAGACGCAUGCACACACACACACACACACACACACACACACACACACACUCACACACAUACACAUGCACACACAAAUGGAUACACAAAUCAUACACAUACACACAUACUUACACCUCUUCACCCUGGUGCCACAGGUGAGCUGUUACGCACACCAGGAUUGUGGGGAAAACGGAGCAUUUAGACAUCUAAUGGCGAUAACACUCUAAUCAGCAGCAGUCCUCGUUUUAUUGGUUUUAUUUUAUGUUAUUUUACUUUAUUUAGUUUGUUACCCCACUCCCUUUCCGAGGAAUAGGUCUUAAACGAAUUCACAGCUACAAAUAUAAUGAAAUGAGUGUGAGUGGUGAGUUGCAGAGCCCAGCUAGGAGAAAUUGUGUCACUUUUUAAUUUCUCUAGCACCGCAGAAACGACGAAAACACUGAUUGACAUUCAGGGUCUCAAAUGUCUCUAUUUUUAUAUCCACUUUGCUGAAACGCUGCGGGUGGAUAGGCUACUCGAUCAGCUGGAAGUGGUGUUCAGAGUAACUCUGUGCCAGCCCCGCGCUUCCCCCAGAAUAACGGGGUCGUCGAUCUGCAGCUUCACACGUCAGUGCAGUGUGGUGUGGCGUGGCAUACCGGAGCCCCAGGCGACGGGCGCGAUGUCUUUGUUUACCGUUUAGUAUGUAAAAGACCUUUUACCUGUUGUUCUUUUUAAAGCCAAUCACAACUCAAUCAUGUCAAAAAUCAAUGUGGGCAGGUAUGUGAUGUUUUGCACUCGUUCACGCACAUGUGUGUGUGUGUGUGUGUGUGUGUGUGUGUGUGUUUGUGGAAACGUUUGCAUCCACUCCUGUAACGGACAUGGGCACCUGUCUCUGAUAACUCUGAACUCUAAUGUACUUUGUGGCUAACUCCAAGCAGAGCAGUAUAUAUUAGUCAUCCACACUGCAGCUGACCCUCACUCCUUAUGGUGUCAUGACAACGCGCAGUUUUUAAAUUCUAUAACAUGGUGGUGUUUUAACUUGACUCAGUGUGUCACAUCAUUUUGUUGACAUGACACGGAUAAUUACCAUGAGGUAGUCAUGGAUAUACCCCCUGGCCUGCCACUAUGGAGUUAAAUGUGUGUGUGUGUGUGUGUGCGUGCGUGCGCGUGUGUCUCUGUGUGUUUGUGUGUGUGAAUGAGAAAGAGUGAGUGUGUUAUUAUAUGCACUCAUGUGUUAGCACCUACAUAAGUGGAUUGACUUGCACGCAUUGCCAACCGCUAUGGAACUCUCAGUCAGGCCUUACAUGUGUUAUUUUUUUACAUGCACUGAAUACAGUAAACAAAUCAAUUAGUUUUUUUUUUUUUUUUUUUUUUUUUUUUUUUUUUUUUUUUUUUCUUUUUUUAAGAAACAAGUGUCUGAUGUUCUAUGUAAAGUAACAUUUUUGCUCCAAAAAGAUUGUGUAUAUCUUAGUAAAAAAAAAAUAAGAGCACUUUAAUUUCUCUUUAUAUUUUUUUAUUGGUGUGUAUGCGGGGGGGAAUGAGUGUGUAGGCCAGGCAAGGCAUACUAAAUUAGGAUUAUUUAAAAUAAAAAUAAAAAACAACUACACUCUU